AUGACUAAAAUGCAAAAAAAAUAUCAAAAAGGUGCGGCUGUCACCUAUACUAGCCGUAACCAAGCAUUACGAAAACUACAAUUAACCUUAUCUGAUUUUCGACGUUUGUGUAUAUUGAAAGGAAUCUAUCCAGUUGAACCACGUAAUCGACGUAAAGCAAAUCGUGGUAGAUUAGCUAAUAAAACAUAUUAUUAUUCAAAAGACAUUCGAUUUUUAACACAUGAACCGAUUAUCAAUAAAUUUCGACAUCUAAAGGUUUAUCUUCGUCGUUUGACAAAAGCCAAAGCACGACGAGAGAAGAGUAAAGAAUUAAUAAUUCGUGAUAAUCGUCCGUUUUAUAAAUUAGAUCAUAUUGUUCGAGAAAGAUAUCCAUCGUUUAUUGAUGCAUUAAGAGAUUUAGAUGAUUGUUUAACGUUGGUUUUUUUAUUUGCGAACUUUCCGUUAUUGAAAAAAUUAUAUGAACCACGUCUUCGUUUAUGUCGACGUUUAUCCGUGGAAUUUCUUCAUUAUGUUAUUGCAUCUGGAACAUUAAAAAAAUGUUUUAUAUCUAUAAAAGGUUACUAUUUUCAAGCUGAAAUACGUGGUGAAUUAAUAACAUGGAUUGUACCACAUAAACUUGGUCACAAAAAUCCAGCAGAUGUUGAUUUUAAAAUAAUGGCAACGUUUCUAGAAUUUUAUACAACACUCUUAGGAUUUAUUAAUUAUAAGCUUUAUACCGAAUAUGGACUUGUUUAUCCACCAAAACUCACAUUUUCUGCCACAACAUCUUUAUCAAAAUUAUGUUCAGAAGAUGAAUUUACCGAUGAAUUUUUAUCAUCACUCGGUUUACCAAUAAUGAAAAAACCAGAAAGUAUUGCGGUUGAUGAAAUGGAAACAGAUGUUGAAGCAGCCGAAUUGCUUGGUGAUAAAGAAGCUAAUGAAGAACGUCAGAAAAAAGAAGAAGAAACAAAACAAAUUCAAUCAUUAUUCAAAAAUUGUAAAUUUUUUAUUAGUCGAGAAGUACCACGUGAAAUGUUUGCAUUUGUUAUUCGUGCAUGUGGUGGUGAUGUGUCCUGGGAUAAAUCAUUUUAUGCUGGUUCAACAUAUGAUGAAUCAGAUGAGUGUAUUACACAUGAAAUUAUUGAUCGUCCAAUUUUAACAGAAAUGUUUGUUAAGAGAAUUUAUAUUCAACCUCAAUGGAUAUUUGAUUCUAUCAACGCACGAAAACAAUUACCAAUCGACGAUUAUCUACCAGGCAGUGUAUUACCACCUCAUUUAUCACCAUUUGUUGAUGAGAAAGAAACUGAUUAUAUUCCACCAGAGAAAUUACGUUUAUUAAAUCGUGAUGAGCCUAUAGUGGAAGAAAAGAUUACUGAGCCCUUAAAUCUGGUUGAUAAUAGCGCGUAUUUGAAUCGUGAUCAAAAGCCAACAAAAAAAAGUGAUGAAAAUAUUGAUGAUGCAUUACCGCGUGGACAAACGGAACAACAACAACAGCAAGAAAAAGAUAAGCGGUUGAAAUCGAUGCGCGUUGGAAGUGGCGAAAUACAAAACCUAAAUGUUAAACAUAUCGUAAAAAGAAAGAGUGAUGAAGAGAAACGUUUGAGAGAAAUGACAAUACCGAAAAAACAUAAACGUUUAUAUGACAAAAUUAAAUAUACACAGAAGAAGAAACGACAGGAAGUAAGCGUCUACGAUUUGUGAUUAUUUACGGAAGCAUAAAGGGUGGGCCAGAAGUCCUGACUCGAUUUGAAUAAUAAAUUUUUCUAUAGUGAAACAAGUGGUUGUAAAUUUGUCUCUAUGAAGAAAAGAUGCAGUAAAAAACGCUCUACAAAAUGACGAUUG